UAUCACGUAAAGAAUUAAUGUAAUUUACCUAUGUAGUUUUUAAAGAUCUUAUGGCAAUCCAAAGUUGCCGCUGUAGACUAUUACGAAAACCAUAGUGUGCGUAAAUGAGAGUUUUAGUGUUAGUACUCUUGACUACAGCGUCAGUGUGGACAUUUCCUCAAAGAAGAACAGAUGAGAAGCAGCCUAAUUUGUCUCAUUUUGUGCAUCAUAUACAAGAAAAAAAUCUUAAUAAAGUUCGAGAAAUCCAAAGGGAUUGUAAAGGAAAGUGCGCUGCCAAUAUAGCACAGAAAGCCGCUGCAGAAGCGAAGGCUGCGCAGCAGGCCCAGAACGCGGCAGGUGCACAGGCGGCGCACAUGGUAAAAACUCAACUAGCCGAGAAAGCGCUUCAGGCAGCCAAAGCGGCUGAAGCAGCUUUGGCUGGAAAACAGGCGGUAGUAGAACAGUUACAACAAGAAGUAAAAGAAGCAGAAGCCGUGGUAGCGGAGAAUACCGCAGCAGUUCAUCAACAGCAGGGCACAGUUAACGCUGCCAUUCAGCUAGCACAGCAGGCCUCUGUUCAGCACAAACUAUUAUGUCAAGCUGCGGAACUUGCGGGCCAGCUUGAGAAGAGUGCACGUUGUGUACUAGAAAAGACUAAGUUUGGCUUGCAAGAGAAAAGUCAUAAUCUAUCGGAAGCUAGAGCAAGGUUGGCACACCUACAACACAAACUGCAGUGCGCCUGCGCGGAGUGCGCCGCAACGAAGCAGGCAGCGCAUUGCGCCUGUGAGGCGGCGCGCGCCGCUUGCGGCAACGCUCGGAGAAAGCGACGCCUGACAAAACGAAAUACGUCUUUAACGCAUCACUCUAAACCUAGACGAUGGUAAUUUUUUAAGGAAACUGUUUUUAAGUAUUUACGUACACCUAUAUAUUCUACAUAUAUAUCACGAUAUAAUGACGAUAUACGAUAUUGUCCCUGUGGUCAAGGCCUAUCAAAAUUGCUAAAGGUUAUAUAAUAAUUGCUGCAACUUAACCUUUUAUGAUUUUUUUCAUUAAUUGCAAUUUCAAUAAAUUUAGUACUCACAUGAUUGGGUCUUGAAGUGUUGCAAAGUUUCCUGAAACUGCACAUUUCACAUUUCUUUCUUUAUGAUCGAAGAGUAAAGAUAAAGGUAUUAUUAUAUAAAAGGAAGAUAUUCUAAGGAAGAUUUAAAAAAAUACAUGUAUGAAACAAGAGAGUGAAAGGCUGAUACUGUACUCACUUUUACUUGUUUCCUUUUUUGUGUAUGGAACUUGAUAAAUUAGUUUCGUUGAAGACAAGUUUUGCCAUUUUGUUAGGUCCUGACUAAAAGCUGUAAGCAUUCACAGUAUGUAGUAUUACUCGUAUUUGCAGUUCACCAUGUGGUCAUAAAUCAUUAAUAUGUGUUAAUAGCCAAGCCUUUUUGUCACAACCAUAUGCUGAAGUUAAAUAAAUACUUAACUUUGAUUUUCCAUUUGUACGUAUUGUAUUAGUUUAAGAUGGACUGAUUAUUAUAAAAGAUUGCGUGGAUAAUUUUGUUGGUCGAGAUUUUAGAUUAAUUUAGUUUAUUUUAGUUUUGUAAAUGAAGAGAAUGAGCUGUCAUUAAGCUUUUGAUAGAACUUUGUUUAAGCUUCUGAUAAUAUAGUAUUAGAUCAUGUAUAUCGU